AUGUGGCGCUAUCGAGCACGCUAUUCUUUCCUAUUAAUUGUGCUAUCAUCAUCUUUACUCAUCUGGCGACUGAUAGGUACGUCCUUCGCCAUGGAACGACAGGAACGUGCCGCACUAGUGUUUCCUCGUGGAAGUUCAAUGGGUUAUCUCCUAGCCAUUGCCAUUCCUCUGCUCGUACCCGGACGGAACAUUUACCUCUCGCACAACUUCGAAGCCAACUACGGUGUACCAUCGAACGAGACGCAAUACUUUCUCUGGUAUCAGCGCUUUAAGGACACGAAAUUUAACAUCACCAAAGCGAUCGAAACAAACCGUCGCCGGCGGCGGGAACUGUUGCAUGGUUUCAGUCGUAGCUAUUUCUACGAUCAGCUCGAACAACGGAUGUAUCUGUACGGGUUUAAUGGUACCGGGUGUAUGGAGCGACUAAUCUGUGAGAUGUCCGAGCUACCACUCGGCGAACACAAUGGUGUGUUUGGAGAUGUUUUGAGUGUUAUUUUUAGGCCAUCCGCGUCGGUGCGAGAAGAAUCGCUUCCCGAUGCGUACUACAAAGCAGAAUCUAGCGGCACGAUAGAAGGAUGCGAACGGUAUCGAGCAUACUGUAAGACGGAUCUACUCGGAUUUGUGUCAACCGUUCUCUAG